AUGCUACCUGCUCAUCGGCGAGUGGUCUCAUUGGCGAAUCGUAGUAUAUCCCAAUACCGAAUACAACGCACCGAUCGAAAUGCUUCAUCGUCUUCCUCUUCAUCCGAUCGACCACUCACCGGAUCAGCCAAACUAUUCGCUGACGCAUUGGAAGAAGAGACUGUAUCUAAAGCAUCAAGAGAUCAGUUAAUACAUUCUCAAGGCGAAAUCUGGACAGGAGACGAAUCAACCCAUGAUGCUGUAUUAAGAAUGUUAAUCGAUUCUAAUAAACCUUUAAGAACUCCAGGCGGUGUAAAACAUAAUUCAUCAGAUGAAAAAAUCAAAAAUUGGAUGAAACGUUUAGAUCUAAAACCUAUACCAGGAAAUGCAACAACUUCUUCCUCGAAUGACGACCCAAUAUCGUCAUCGUCCACACCAGAAAUUGAGGGACUCAAUCCUCAUAAAACGACAAUACCACCUCAUUUACAUAGACCAUGGCAUUCAACGUAUACGGGUGAAACCAAAUUGCAUAACACUACACCACAAGUCAAAUAUGGUACAUUCAUAAAGUCACGUAAAGACGGUGAUUCGUUGACCAAUUUGUUGGAGUUACAUUUACCUCCUGGAGCUGAUGGUAAAACCAGACAAAGAGUUAAAGAUGCUAGGAAAUCAGGUAGAACAAUUAGAAGAUUGGAUAAUGCUAGAGAAGGUGCAUUAGAUUACAAAUUAGGUUUGACGGAUGGAGAGGUCCUGGUAGAAGCUGGAGACGAAGAGGAUGGUGGAAACACGUUUAGAGGAAAUAGACAGGUCAAAGGAAGUAGUGUUUUGGGUGCAGGUAAAGGUAAUGCAAGCGGAAUGAGAGCUUGGGGUGGUUUAGUCGAAGAUAGGAUACAGCGUGCAAAAGAGGCCGGCUUCUUUAACGUGACUAAAGGGAAAGGGAAACCGAUACCCAAAGAUCCUGAAGCUGGUAACCCUCAUCUAGAAAUGGGCGAGCUUCUCAUGAAUCGAAUCGUCAAACGACAAGGAGCUCUCCCACCUUGGAUCGAACUACAACAUUCACUCGAUUCAACAUUAAACGCGUUCCGCUCGACUCUAAUAACAACUUAUACGACUCAACUAGUCCGUAAUGUUAUCUCCACGACCAGUUUAUUACCAUUACCGCCAUUACAUUCCAUACCUUCCUCAGAUGACGCUUGGGAAGCUCGAGAAUUCAAGUUCCAUCAAGAGAACAUCAAGCAGAUCAAUGAUUUGGUAAGAAGAAUGAACGCUCAAGCUCCUUCACCUGCACGAAGGAAUCUUCUCACUCUCGAAGGGGAACUGAAUAAGAUCCGUGGUGAUGUACUGAAGAACGAAGUUUGGAAUGAAAUCAAACGGAGAGCGGAAGACGCGGCUAGAAUUCCAGUAAACAAAUCCAGCUCAACAAUACCAUCUUUCCUGAUUGAUAGUGAAGGUUGGAAUGCGGUGAAGACAGCCACUAGAAGAUCUUUCGGUACCAUAGCAGGUCCUGUGACUGCUGUAAUUGGCAAGGGUAGAGUAGGAGGUAUUAUCAAUCCAUCCAGACGAACCCAAGGAGAUGGCGGAUCGAACGGGUCAUCAUCUGACGGCUCUCACAGUACUUCAGAUCCCAAACCACUCAGACUGUUCGUCAUGGCCGGCGUUGGAAUCGGUGCUAUUGUCUACUUCACUCGAAGGCCGGUACAUAAUGAUUCUGAAAGUCACAUCGAUCUCAUACCGUUACAUUCCCCUGAACCCAAAUCUCCUCCAUCUAGUGAUAUAGUCGCACAAUCACCUGCCGAACCACCUUUAACGCCACUUCGUGUAAUCCGAUUAUACGUCUUCGAACCUUUAGCAACGUUAUUCCGAUUCUUCCAUUUGGCAUUCUUGUUUGGACCUGUGAUAUUAUCCACUCCCAUGUUAUUAAUUGGCAAGCCAUCCAAAAGACGACGUAAUUCUGGAAAACCCGUAGUUGAAGAGGAGAAUUGGGGUGCAGUAUGGUGGUAUGGCUUUUUAGUCAAACAGAUGGAAAGAGCAGGACCAUCAUUCAUCAAACUAGGUCAAUGGGCGGCUUCAAGAGCUGAUCUAUUCCCAGCGGAGUUGUGCGACAAGAUGUCAAAGCUGCAUUCAAAUGGUAAACCCCAUUCAUUAAGGCACACCAAAAGAAUUUUGGAAAAAGCGUUCGGACUGAAUUUCGAUGAUAUCUUCGAAGAGUUCGAUGGCGAACCCAUUGGUUGUGGUGCAAUCGCACAAGUGUACAAAGCCAAAUUGAAAGCUACCGUAUUCACCGGUGGAACGGCAACAUCUUCAGUUGACAGAGAUCACAAUACUCAUACGGGAUCAGUCGCGAUUAAAGUUCUGCACCCCCGAGCGCGUAAAACGAUCCGAAGAGACAUAGCUAUCAUGUCAGUCUUUGCCAACAUUUUCAAUGCAUUCCCGGGUAUGGAGUGGUUAUCACUACCUGAAGAAGUACAAGUAUUCGGUGAAAUGAUGAAUUCGCAACUGGAUUUGAGAGUUGAAGCUGCAAAUCUUGAGAAAUUCGAGAAGAACUUUGAAAAAAGAGGUAGAAGAGUAACUUUCCCCUCACCGAUCAAAUUAGGUAAAAACCAGUUAGGUGAAGAAAGGGAAGAGAUUCAGGAUGUUCUCAUCGAAGAUUUCGAAAAUGCUUUACCACUAAAGUGGUUCUUGAGAAACGGUGGAGGGGAAUAUGAUGACAUGAUCGCUGGUAUUGGAUUAGACGCGUUUUUGGAAAUGCUGCUUCUGGACAACUGGACUCAUGGCGACCUGCAUCCCGGAAAUAUCAUGGUUCGAUUUUACAAGCCUACAACCACGGAUUACCUUGGCCCUCUGCUCAAUCGAUUCACUAAACAUUCUCAAACACCGGCCUCCGACACGCCACCUUCAGCCGAUACCACCAACCAGGAAUUGAUCGACUCGUUGGCUUCAAUAGCACAUGACCACGAUGCGUGGCAUGAAAGAUUAUCUGAACUCUACUCUGAAGGAUAUGAACCGCAAUUGAUAUUCAUCGAUGCCGGAUUAGUCACUUCAUUGGACGAUCAGAACAGAAGGAACUUCCUCGAUUUAUUCCAAUCUGUAGCUGAAUUCAACGGGUAUAAAGCUGGAAAAUUAAUGGUUGAAAGAUGUCGAACACCUGAGAAUGUCAUCGAUGAAGAAACGUUUGCUCUUAAAAUCCAACAUUUAGUAUUAUCAGUCAAAUCCAAGACGUUCUCUUUAGCGAAAAUCAAGAUAGCAGACAUCUUAACGGAUGUGCUGAAUGCUGUUAGACAGCAUCAUGUUAAAUUAGAAGGUGAUUUCGUUAACACUGUUUUAUCAAUCUUAUUAUUAGAAGGUAUUGGAAGACAAUUAGAUCCUGAUAUGGACCUAUUCAAAUCUGCUUUACCAAUUCUGAGACAAUUAGGUAGGCAGAUGGGUACUAAAGAAGCUUAUAAUUCAGUCCCCAAAGGUAACCUGUUAGCUAUGAUCAAAUUAUGGGUAUGGGUAGAAGCUAGACAAGUUGCAGGUGAAGCCUCUACUUUGGAUAAUUGGAUCAAAUAUGACCGACUCUUCCCUGCUAUUUAA